AUGCAGUUUGUCUACAUGCCGACAAAUGUUUACUGGCCCGGCGCCGAGGAACGAAGGCAAAUAAGUGAAAAGGUGUUCGAUCUCCAUCAUCUACCCAACAUCGUUGGCUUUAUCGAUGGUACGCAGGUGCGAAUAAUCGCUCCUCAUGAGGAUGAGGCAGACUACGUAAAUCGGAAGCAUUACCAUUCGAUAAACGUGGGGUUGAUAUGUGACGAACAGUUCAGAAUUCAGUGGAACAAUGCGUCCUUCCCUGGAUCGGCGCAUGAUAGUCGCGUCUUUUGGGAAUCACGACUUUAUCAGUUUAUGAGGAGCGGACAGAAGCCAGAGGUUUGA